CAAUUUUGGUUAGUCCUGGAGUCAGGAGAACUCUGUAAUUAUAAUGUUGUAGUUUAGUUGGAUUGGGGGAGUCGAAUUUGACUCUAUGAAAAAUCGGUGCGUGCGUGAAAAGGGAUUUUUAGGAAAUUGUAAUUAGACGAUGUCUCGUAUUGGUUAUAUGAACAGCAGUUACUACGGAUACGAUGAUAGUAAAGAUUCCGGUUUUGACAUAUCCUUCAAAUCCGAAACCUCGGACGUCGUAGACGACAUGUUUGAUAACGAACGCUUUUCAAAUAACGAUAAAAUUUACAAAGUCGAAGAAUCAGAUUCAAAGAUUCUGUACGAAAAGUUCAACGCCGCCUUUUAUAAAGGCUUAGGUGAAAGCUCAUUCGAUCACUUUAAAAGCUACAAAUCGGAAAGCUCAACGGAAUUCAACUGCGACGAAAGCUUGUCCGAAUCGGAGUUUCUCAAUAACGAAUUUCUAACAUCGACGCCGGUUAAGAACAGAAAACGAGCAUCAACGAGUUCCUUCAAGGAGAGUAAGCCAAAGAGGCGCUAUUCGACGGGUAGGCACCGUGUUUCGAGGACAAAAAGUCCAACGCACGUCCAACGACUGAAAAAGAAUCGGCGAAUGAAGGCAAAUGAUCGGGAACGUAAUCGGAUGCACAUACUCAACGAAGCGCUCGAUAGGCUACGAUGCGUCCUACCUACCUUUCCCGAAGACACAAAACUAACCAAAAUUGAAACGCUACGUUUCGCCUAUAGUUAUAUUUGGGCCUUAUCUCAGACUGUGAACAACGUAGAUAAAUAUUCGUCCUCGGAAACGGGAGUUGUCACAGUGAACGUCGGAAACGUAACGGUGUCGAUUAGUCGCGAGGGAAAUACCAUUACCUCAAAGCACUGCGGCGAUCAAAACGUCUCGACGGCGGUGGUGACCAGCGGAAGUAUUAACAAUGCUAGUUUUAUGCAAGGUUUCGAUUUUGAUCUCAAGACUGGUUCGCCAUCGCCCUACUGGUUGCCUGCCAGCAACCCUUGUUCGACUUAUCCCAGUAUCUGUCCAAGUCCCUACACUUACGACUUCAACAGUCCAGAUAUGGUAUACGAAUGUAUAUAGCACAAUUGCAUUGUAAUAAUUUCAACCACUUUUUUACGAGAACUAUUUUUCUAGUCAAGU